AUGUCUCCUACUCCUGACCUUGGGGAUAGCCAUGCCCCUAUGAAGCCGCACACAACUUGGAUCAACAUCAUCACUAUACUUGCGGCCGCCACGGCAAGUUUCAACUUUGGCUAUUCCAACAAUGCCAUUGCUGGGACGAUCGCCCAAGCCUCAUUUGUUGAGUACUUCUUGCUGAAGGACCCAACGUCUCGCGUGGGAGGAAUGCUUGGAGCGUUCUUUGGCGGAGGUUUCAUUGGAAGUGUGCUUCAGAGCCCCAUAUCCUCGCGCUUCGGGAGACGACCUUGCAACAUGGCGGCCGCUGUCAUUAUCAUGAUAGCUGGAGCUCUCCAAGCUGGCAGCGUCCACAUCGCAAUGUUCCUCGUUGCUCGUGUCCUCAAUGGAGUCGGAGCUGGUAUCAUCAUCGCGAAUACGCCAGUCUACAUGAGCGAAAUUGCGCCCGCCCAUACUCGCGGUAUUCUGUGGCGUUUGCAAUAUAUCAUUCUGACCGCAGUUGCACUACUCUUGGUGGUGACCAUGUAUUUCAUCCCAGAAAGUCCUCGGUGGCUCAUGGACAAUGGACGAGCAGAUGACGCCUGGGCGGUUCUACAGAAGCUGCACAAGUCAAAGAAAGACCCCACGGCGAAACUUGCACGUAUGGAAUAUAUCCAGAUCAAGGCGCAGAUAGAAGAAGAAAAGUCUUUACCUUCUGGUUACUGGUAUAUCCUGAAAACGCCUCACAUGCGCAAACGAGCCAUCUGUGGAUCCAUUGUUUGGGUCAUGGGCCAAUCGACUGGCAUCGUUGUUAUCGCAAACUUCGCACCACAGCUCUUUGCUGGUCUGGGAUACAGUAACGUACUUCAAUUGGGGCUUUCCGUCGUCUGGGUCACAGUAUGUGCAAUCGGAACUUGGCUCAGUGGUCUUCUCAUCGAACGUCUCGGCCGCGUGAAGCAACUUGCUCUGGGAGGCUAUCUCUGCAGUACUUGCCUCAUCAUCGAGGCAGUCCUCCAGAAAUACUACAUCGGAUCCUCCAACGCAGCAGGUCUCAAAGCGGCCACUGCCAUGUAUUUCAUCUUUGUCUUCAUCUUCGGGCUGUUAAUUGAGUGUCCUGGCUAUACCUACAUCGUUGAAAUCUGGCCAACUCACCUCCGAAGUGAGGGUGCGACGAUCGGCUUUGUCUCCUUCUUCAUAAUGACCAUCGUGUACAACAGCCCAGCGGCGGAAGCCUUUUCAACCAUUGGAUGGCGCUAUUACUUUGUGAUGAUCGCGGUCUGUAUCGUAUCCAACACCUUCCUUCUCUGGUAUUGUCCUGAGACUGCCGGAUUGACCUUGGAAGAAAUUGCAGCUAAAUUUGGAGAUCAUGUGGCUGUGGAGAUCUGUGCUAUCGACGUCAAUAAGCUCGAAUUCGAGAAGACCGGCGAAAAGCGAGUGGAAACUGUCGAAGAGGCGUGA